AUGAACACCACCAUCGUUCUGGACAAUUUCAGAGACGCGCUCUCCAAAAACCUGACUGUGGUGCUGUGUGGCCUGUUCAUCCUCUACGUCAACAGCUCUCUGCUGCGCGUCUACUUCACCGUGCCCUCCUUCGCUCACGAGGCGCGCUACGUGCUCUACAUCUUCCUGGUCUUCAACGACAUGGUGAUGGUGACGCUCAGCGUCCUGCUGCACGUGCUGUCCUACCAGCCUCGCUUCAUCAGCGUGGCCCUCUGCUACAUCCUGGUAUUCCUGAGCGGCACCACUUACCGCAACACACCGCUCAUCCUGGCCGGCAUGGCCAUGGAGCGCUUUGUGGCCGUCUGCCUGCCCCUCCACCACGGCCGGCUCUGCACGGCCAGCAGGGCACGCCGCUUCAACCUCAUCGUGUGGUGGGCGAGCAGCAUCCCCAGCCUGGCCAACAUCAUCUUGUCGCUGUGGGAGCGGCACGCGUCGUUCUACACCUCCGUCAUCCUCUGCUACCACGUCUCGCUCUACCCCACGGCGGGCCAGAAGGUGAUCACCGCGGCGGGCAGCGGCAUCUACAUGGCGUUCGUGUGGGUGACGUUGGUCUACACGUACACGCAUGUGCUCUGCACGGCCCGCGCCGCAAGCUCCAAUAGGGGCCAGAUCCAGAAGGCUCAGAACACCAUCCUCCUGCACGCGGCACAGCUGCUGCUCUGCAUGCUGUCCUUUGUCACGCCGGUGAUCGAGAACAUCGUGCUCAGCAUGUUACCCAACUUGCGCAACACAGUUCCCUUUGCCAACUUCUUGACGACAAAUCUGCUGCCGCGAAUCCUGAGCCCCCUCAUUUACGGCGUGAGGGACAAGGCAUUCAGGAAACAUAUGAAGGGCGCGCUUCUCUGCCAAGGCAGGACGCAGAGCACAAUGAUAUUUAACAAAAGGAUGUGA